AUGUUUGAUGAAGAGCCUUUUUGCAGCACAGAGUUUUUCACGAUUUACCCGAACCAGUUUGACAUCGACGGCUUUUCAAAAGGGUUGGUGGAAGCGGCAACGCGAACCUCCGCCUGGGUGAUCACAGGUGGGACUGCCAGCGGAGUAAUGGAGAUCGUUGGCAAGGCUAUACGGAAGCACGACAAGGAACGCAAGGUACCAUGCCUGGGCAUCACCCCCUACGGCGCUCUGACACGAGGCAGUCGCCCUGCAAAUCCGAGGAAGAUGGAUGCUGCAGAGGCGAAGCCAGAAGGGACAGCAGUCGACGAUAGGCCGCUGGCAGCCCUUCAAGAAAACCAUUCGCACUUCAUCAUCUGCGACAAUGGUCAGGUUGGCAGCCAGACGUUUGGGACGGAGAUUUCUUUCCGGACGCGCUUCGAGGAUCAUGUUGCAAAGGGCGACUUCAAUGACGUCGAGGGGAGCUUGCAGGUUCGCGUGCCGCGUGUGAUGAUCCUUCUGAAUGGUGGCAAGAUCUCGCUGGAGUCGCUGGUCCAGGCUGCCUUAGCGAUUUCCACCGCAUUGCUGCUGUUGAGCUCGUGUUCGUUUGUCGCUAUUCAAACUGGCUGUCCGUUGGUGGUGUGCCGUGGAACUGGACGCCUCGCCGACGUCAUUUGCCGUGUCUUGGAAGAGCCCUGCAGUGUGGACGACGAAGACGAGAACUCCUUCCGAAGUCACUUCCAAGAAACCUUGCAUGAGGCCGUCAAGGAGUUCAUGCCGCAGGACACCUUGACGACACAAGACAUCGAGCAUUUCGAAGCCAUCGUGCAGAGUGACAUGGUGGUGAUCUACUCUAUCAACGACCGCUUCGAAGAAGUGGUUCUGCAGGCGGUCUUGGGCCACGCCGGCUCUGCUCCAACAACCUCUUCCAGAGAUCUCGAGGCCCCAAGCGCGGUCGCUGUGGGGCAACAGCUGGCCUUGGCUGUGCAGUGGGGCUGUUCCAACUACUAUGGCCACCUGGGGCAAAGGCUUAUGGAAAGCGGCGAUCCGAAUGGGGCCAUCAAGCUGAUCUUCAAGGAGCUGGUGGCUUUUAACUCUGGUAUGACGCCCGUGACGGUGGUGCGCAGCGUGCGCGAGAAUGCCGGCAUGCUGGUGGCGUGGCUUCUUCAGAACUAUCUGAAGCAGAUGGAUCAGUUCGUUGUGAACAAGGAGACUUUAGGCAUCGAUAUCCACUGGAGCCACGUGGCGCAGGAAUCCUGGAGGUCUCUCGAAGGACUGCUCGUCUGGUCCAUUGAGCAAGAGGCUCCAUGCUCUGUGCUGGAGAUCAUCUGGUCCUACAUGGAGGACCCUGUCCAUGCAGCUCUGAUCGCUGCCUCCGCUUGCCGAGACACUGCAGAGAGGGAACACAGCUCGGCUUCCUACCAGGACGGCUUGGCCAAGAAGGAGUUGGAGGACUCGGCGGACCGCUUUGAGAAACUUGCCAUCCUUGUCUUGGAAGACCUUGCUCAGUCGGGGAAAGGGGUGGAGUACCUCUUCCAGGAGCCGGUCCGCUGGCAAGGUAAUCGCAACUGCUUUCGCCUCGCGCACGAGCUGGGUUGCAAGACCUUUGUGUCCAAGACGACCUACCGGCGUGCUGUCGACCAGUAUUGGAUGACGCCAGUUCCUUUCAACCUCCACUUCCAUCACGGCCAACUGGAUCAUUCCAAGCUCUUCAGCUGGCGGUCGUGGCUGAGCCUCCGUGCAGAGAAGGGGCAAGCCAAAGAGCUGAAGAUCUGCGACUUCGGUCCCUGGCAGUUCUUUUCAAUCCCGUAUGUCCAGGCGUGGACCAAUGGAAUCGCCCGCUGCCUUUUCGUCGCUCUCUAUUCUUAUGCGGUGUUCUACAGAUUGUUGGCGGUGGGCGGCAUUUGCUUCAUGGAGGUGCUGCUCUUCCUAUGGGGUCUGGGCCUUGCCCUGGUUGAGCUUCGGCAACUGGAGAACAACGGGUUUCCUUCCUACAUCCACGACUUUUGGAACAUCUUGGACGCCGUGCACAUCACGGUGCUCCUUUCAGCAUUGGUGCUUGGACUCCUUCUGGCCGACCAAAGCCGGGACAUGAACAAGCCGGAGCAAGUGCUGGAAGUGAUGCAUGCGAUGAAUCUGCUGCCCUGUUGGCUCCGGGUGUUGCAAGUGCUUCAGAACUCGGAGCACUUCGGAACUCUUCUCAUCACCAUCUUCGGGAUGGCCAAGGAUGCGCUGAAGUUCUUCAUCUUGGUGUUCAUUUUCUGCUGUGCGUUCAGUUGUGCCAUCACUCCAAUUCUCUUCUCGCAGAUCGAGGAGAGGGAUAACCAGGGCCUCACCUGGGCGUUCUGGACGAUUGUUGGGAGCAUGGACGAGGCGGCAUUGGCCCAGCUGAAGACUCUUCCUCCCAUCACGAGGAUGACGGCCACGGUCUUGGUCUACAUACUGGCGCUUGUUUGCAACGUGCUGCUGGUGAAUCUGCUCAUUGCUGUGAUGAACAGCACCUAUGAGAAGAACCAGUCCAUGUCUCAAACCUCAUGGGCGUUCUCGAGGAUUGAGGCCGUUCUCGAGUACGAUGAUGAGUCGACGCUGCCUCCGCCACUCAAUCUUUUGGGUCUGCUCUGGAAGCCGGAGCACGGACGACGAGGUUCCUUUGGUGCGAAGAGGUCCAAGACGCGUCUCCAACUGCCACUGCACGGUGAUGUCAUCGUGACACGACGGGACCUGAAAGAAGCACAGCAAAGGGCUCUCCGUGCCAUCAGCUGCUCGUAUGACGAGGACAUGGGAGAGAUUGUUUCCCUCCGGGCAGAAGUUGCGACACUUCGGAGCCGGAACGAG